UUUUGAAAAAGUUUUUUUUAUUACGCUAAUGAUCAUCGACGGAACCCACGGGUUUUCUAUCCGUUAGAAUAGGAUAGAAAACCCGUGGGUUCCGACGAUUGCUUACAAUAUCAAUCGGGAUCGGUAUUCUGGAUUUUUGGGCAUGCGUACUGAAGUGUAAAUAACAAAACACUAGCAACUGGGACAUUUUAGAGUUUUAUACGUUAUCCGUUCCAUAUUUUGCGACUUUUUAAGAUGAAGAAGAAUGGAAUCUGAGUAGGGGAAGUACAUUCCCACACUGAAAAAUCAGUUGGUCACUUGACAUAGGUAAAAUGACGGACGUUGAUAUGGUUCCAGUGAGAGAUCCAGGAGGAGGAAAGAAUGAUGGUUUUGAGCAAAAAGCUGCUCAGCAGCGUCGAAUGGUCAGUAAAUGGGACAGAGACACCUUAGAGGACAAAUACCUCAGGAUGUACGAAGAAAACCUCAUUCUGAAGAAACAUGCUCGCAAACAGGAGGACAAAAUCAAGAGAAUGGCAACAAAAUUACUCAGACUUGUAAAUGACAAAAAGAGGAACUCUGAAAUAGAUGUUGGAGCAAAGAAAGGUCGAGAUAUUGAAAUGGAAGAAAAGAUGGAAGAACUUCAGGACCAUAUACGAGAUGUAGAGAAACAAAAUGUUCAGUUGAAAGAAAAGUUGAUGCUGACUAAGCAGCAACUGUCAACUGUUGGUAAACGAACAACUCCUUACAAUCGAGUGGGAUCCAGGAUUGAUACGGGAAUUUCCAAGACAAGUCACCAAUCAGACUCCAGAUUGACUAAAAACAUGAGGGUUGUAGGGCCCCAGGAAGGUUUCAGGGGACAACAAGUUUCCCACACACAUAGUCUGCAGCAACAGCGUGGUCACGGAUUGAUGGAACACACCAGGGCAGAGAUACGGCAUAAGGAUGACCAGAUAGCCCAGCUUAAUGAACAUCUCAAUAUGUGUGAGAUUGAGAUAGAGAACCUACGUCAACAAAUUAAAAUGAAAGAAUCUGACUAUGAAGAGGAUCUCCUGAAAAUAAAACAACAGAUUACUGCUGAACAAAGAGCUACAGUGCAAGAAAAUAUAGACUUAAUCAAACUACAGAGGGAGGUUAAAGAGAAAUCCACAAAAUUGUCCGCUGUAACUGAGAAAUAUGCUAUACUUGAAGAGAACCUUCAUGCAAUGAAGAGGAGUCAUGACAACAUGUUAAUGGAGAUGGAAAACCUCAACAUGCAGCUGAAGGAAGAACAAAACCGUGUUCUUACUCUGCAGAAUGAGCUGAAAUUUGGCACCACUAACAACAGAAAAAUCAUUGAAUUACAAGAACAAUUAUCUUGCCUGGAAAAGGAGAACCAGAUUUUGAAGGAAGCUAAUGAAAAGUUUGUCAGCAGCGCUUUUGAUCUGGAAAGAGAAAGAGAAUGGCGGCAGAGGGAAAAUCAGUUGAAAGUACAGAUUGCUCAGUUGGAAGCAACGUUGAAGGCAGACCUUGGGGAAAAAGGAGGAAUCCUAGACAAAUACGCAAUUGAAAGAGAAACCCAUGAACAGCUUCAGGCACAGUUCAGGGAAAUGCAACUAGAACAUUAUCAGCUGAAGGAAGAGUAUGAUGAUCUCAAGGAAAAAAUGAAGUUUUUCACAAAGGAAAGUGCUAUAGAUUUCUCUGAGAUAGAGGAAGCCCUGGUUCUGGUCAAACAAAAGAAGCAGCAAUCAGUCUCUGACCCAGAUUUCUUACAAAAAGUGGAUAGAGAGAUGUCUAAAGAUGAACACAGGAAAUUACUGGAGCUACAAGCAGAGUAUGCUGAGUGUAUCCAUGAGCUGGAGAAGACUCGUAACAUGCUUGUCAUACAACACAAGAUCAAUAAGGACUACCAGCAAGAGGUUGAUAUUUCCCAGUCCAAGAUUGAUGAAAUUAAGAAGGAAUAUGAAACGAAGCUGGAUGAAUAUGCUCGUUUGUUAGACAUAAGGGCUGCUAGAAUAAAGAAAUUGGAAGCUCAAUUGAGAGACGUUGCUUAUGGAACAAAACAAUACAAAAUGCCUCCUCCCACUGAAUCGAUUGAGGAUACCAUUGACUUUGAUGAGACAAUACAUCUAGAACGAGGACAGAACUUGUUUGAAAUCCAUGUACAGAAGGUCAGUCUGUCUCCUGAAGCCAUCAAGCUGCUGGGAGAUGAGGAGGCGUUGAUCUUUUGCACGUGGGAGUUCUUUGAGUUUGAGAUUCAGUCCACGCCUGUACUCAAAGGUCCCCGCCCAGAGUACGACUUCACCUCUCAGUAUGUCGUCAAGGUGGAUGAUUUCUUCCUCCACUAUCUUCAGAGGGAGAGUUGUACCUUAGAACUUCACCAAUCUCUCGGACAAGACUUUAAGACUAUAGGAGCCUGCCAGCUUGUCUUUAAAGACAUAUUUGACAAACCUCAUGGCAGGAUCCAUGGUACAGCUUCCCUCACAGGUCUGGAGGGUGAGGGGGUAGGGAUGGGUUUUGGGAUGGUGGAGUACUGGAUCAGGCUGCGUGUCCCCAUGGAGCAGGCACUGAGGCUUUACAAGGAGCGUACCAAGGCCUUGGGGUAUGUGAUGACCAAUCAAAAGGCGGCUGCUGACGCCCUCCAUGCCCUGGAUGAGAAUGCUGCCAUGAGACCCAAAGAUAACAUCAACGAACUUCAUAUCAAGAUUGUCAGGUGCUCCGACCUCAAAUCAAGGCGACCAAAUGUACAGCCCUCUCCAUACUGCGUGUACCAGUUCUUUGACAACAGAGACCAUGACACCACCAUCAUCAGGAACUCCAACAACCCAGAGUUCAACGACCACAAAACAUACCCAGUCCCAAUGACCUCAGACCUCGACCAGUUCCUCAAAACCACUCCAUUGAAAGUGUUUGUGUUUGAUGACACUGAUCCGGAACAAGCCUCCUACAUUGGCAUUGCUGACAUUCCUUUGAUUCCUCUGGCCCACAACAAAGCUGUCAAGGGACUGUUUGAGCUGAAGGCAGCCAAUGGUCGUGUAUCGGGGACCAUCGAGCUGGAGAUGCGGUGGCAGUUUACCUAUGUUCCACCCAAAGGCUUGCCACUCACUGAAAAACCUCCAACCCAAGAUGUCAAACCUGAGGAACCAUCCACCUUGAGUGAGACCAUUCCUACUACACCUGCCCCUAAAACGAGAAUGGCGGCCAAGUUCCCUGGACCUUCAGCUACCUCCACCCCCAUGCCAAAGUCCAGAGUCCCAGAUGAUGCCAUGGAGGGAUUCGCCAAGUCCAUGGACAUUGAAGCAACUCCAAAAACUCCAGCAAAGAAGAAGUUGGAUAUCCAAGAAGAAUCUUCAAUCCAACCGUCUGAGUCUCUGGUCCAUGAGGCUGUGUCACAGGUGGUGUCGGAUAACCUUCCCAGCAUGCUCUCUACAGAAUCAAUGUCACAUGCUCCUGCUGCUGAGAGUCCUGCCUCGUCCCAUAGAUCCACCCCCCGGGCCCAGUCAGAUGAGGCUGCCCAACAAGAUGAGCUUCAGGCAGAACUAGGGGAAGAAUCCGACACUCUGAGCGAGGAGUCAAGUCCUCAACCUUUAGGGGAGGCGAUAGCUCGCCCCUCCCCACCCCUUGAGUCAGAUGAUAUGAAGGAAGAAACGUUGACCCCCAAGGGUGGAACCAAGGCCUCGGACACCAUGUUUGGAGAUGAGGAAGAAGAUAUUGAAGAAGAGAUAACGGAGGAGAUUACAGAAGGAGCGGAGAACGGAGAAACCAUGCCCCAGCCAUCCACAGAAACAGAGGAAGAGGAGGGGUCUGAAAAACUCCAGAUGGAGACAGACAGUGAGGGCAUCGUUGUCAUGAACCCCAAGCCCAAGCGUCGCGGCAAGGCGGUCAACAAACUGGCUAACAGUGUGACGGUUACUAUCUCUCACUUAUCCCUCAAUGAGAAAGCUACUGUACUGAACAACGACAGUGUAAAGCAGCUGUUUGUUGCCUAUAACUUCCUCGGUAUUGAACCACAGGAGCUGGAGACGCCAUUUUCUUUACCCAAACCUAAAGCUAAUCUCCCCAUUACCUAUAACUUCACAAAAACUUUCCAAGUUGACAUGCAGAAAAAUUACGAGAGACGACAAUACCUGGCAGCCAUGUUGUUACCCGAUGAUCCAGAGCAGGGCAGAAUUCGCUUUACUGUGGUCAGCGAGCCUCCAGAUGAUGAUAUGGAUGCCGAAUGUGAAGAUAUUGGUGUUGCUUUUGUGAGCGUCAAAGAAAUUCUUAUGUCCAAGAAAGAUUUUGAGGAACAAAAUGUGGAAAUUUGUGAUGUUAAGAAUGACCAGGAAGUGAUUGGAUCACUUAAUGUGACUGUUAAAUGCCUGGCAGCUUUAGAGGCUGUGGAAAAAGAAAUGCAGAUUGAGGGGACAUACUGAGUCU